AUGGCUGACGAUCAGACCACAGCAGCCAUCAAGGACGAGGAGUUCGAGCAGAAGAAGCAGGCCACCUCGUCCGUCAAGUCCUUCCUCUCCGGUGGUUUCGGUGGUGUCUGCUCCGUGCUUGUCGGACACCCCUUCGAUCUCACCAAGACUCGUCUGCAAACGGCCGCCAACGGCACCUACACAGGAGGCCUCGAUGUCGUCCGAAAGACCAUCAAGGCCGAUGGCAUCAAGGGAAUGUACCGUGGUAUGGGCCCACCCCUGGUCGGAGUUACUCCCAUCUUUGCGCUCUCCUUCUGGUCGUACGACAUGGGCAAGAAGCUCGUCUACGCGAUGACCCCUGGUCGCACAGAUCCCAAGCUUUCGACAGGCGAGCUUGCCUUUGCUGGUUUCUUCAGUGCCGUCCCCACCACGCUGGUGGCAGGCCCCGCCGAGCGAGUCAAGGUGCUCCUCCAGCUCCAAGGCCAGAGCGGCAGCACUGGCCCCACCUACAACGGUCCUGUCGAUGUCGUCCGUCAGCUCUACAAGGAGGGCGGUCUCAAGUCCAUCUUCCGCGGCACCGGCGCCACGCUUGCACGAGACGGUCCCGGUAGCGCCGCCUACUUCUGCGCAUACGAGGUCUCGAAGCGCAUGCUCACGCCUGCCGGCCAGGACCCUCAGCAGCUCAACUUCCUCAACGUGCUCACCGCCGGUGGUCUCGCCGGUAUGGCCAUGUGGGCACUCGCCAUCCCUCCCGAUGUCAUCAAGUCGCGCUACCAGGGCGCUCCUCACGGCACCUACUCGGGCUUCCUCGACUGCGCACGCAAGACCGUCGCCCAGGACGGUGUCAAGGCGCUCUUCAAGGGCUUCGGCCCCGCCAUGGCCCGUGCCUUCCCCGCCAACGCAGCCACCUUCCUCGGUGUCGAGGUGUCUCUCUCGGUCAUGAACAAGAUGUUCUAG